ACAUCUCCAACGUUGGUGACUCCAUUUGCCCCUCCACUGCUUGAUUUUGCUGACUCGAACAUCAAUUUCACUACGAAGAACACCUAUUUCACUUUUAGGUGCCAAACCCUAACUCCUUUGAAGAACUUGAUAUUCAGGUUUCUUCAAAGUAAAGCUCGUAUUCGGAUUUGGCUAUUUGAGCAAAAGGACCUUAGGAUUGAAGGUCGAAUUAUCAAUCUAGCCAAGCUGAUAAUAUAGAAUAGCUCUCGGCUUAUUGUAAGGGUCUCCAAUAUGGCAAGUGGACUUGGACUUGAUUCUCUAGUUGAUCGUAAGUAAUUUUAUUUAUUAUCUCUCGAACUGUUUAUUCUUAUACAAAUAUUAGUUUGUGUGAAAACGGAGUAAUUGAUCCGACAAGGAUAUUACUGAACUCCUGAGGUGUGGAUGUUGAAUAGAUUGUCCUCUUUUGAGCUGUUUAUGAAUUGUUUUAGGCUAUUCAAAAGAACCUCUUUGUAACCUGUUUUACUUUGUUGAGGAUAUAUAUGGAUUUCUACUAUUGCUAAUUGAUUUUAAGAUGAAA